AUGCUUUUGGUCCCAAUACUACAAACAAACAAGGACCUCUUUAAAACUAUAAUAGAUCAAUUGUUUUAUGGCUUUCGAAGAUCAAAUUCAUUUAAGGCUGGAGUAGGCCUGAUUGGUUUAUUGGUCAGUUAUAUUGUUUAUCCGUCAGUGAAGAAUAUACUAUUUAGCAAAAAUAUUAAUGGAUCUUUAGCAAGUAGGCCUGAUAAAUACACUACUGGCUUGGUUAAUAAAGGGAAUUAUUGUUAUGCAAAUUCAGUAAUACAAGCCCUUUCUUCGAUAGAUUAUUUUAGUGAUUAUAUCAAUAAAUUUGUUAUUGGUAUUGAUGAAAAUGAAAUAUCUUCAGCUGGUUUGGAGAAGACAGAUACCGAAGCAUUGUUGUUACACAGGGCUCUUGCAGACCUUCUUAGGAAGUUGCAAAUGGUAAUAUUUGAACCUACAAAUGCUGAUAUUAAACAUCUAGUAAGCGUUCUAGAAUGGAAGGUUAGUGGAAGGCUGUCUAGGGCUCAGAAUGAUGCACACGAGUUUUUGCAGGUACUGCUUGAACAACUCCAUGUGGAACUAUCAAACUCUCAUAAAACUAGCUCAUGCAAAUUCCCUUUUGCUGGUACAAUAAUUGAGAGUUACAAGUGCUUGCAGUGUCAACAUGAGACUGCACCAAAGAAAUCAACUUUUAACAUAUUCGAAGCACCUCUGCCCCAAAAGUAUGAAAUAGAUCUCAAUGAUGUAUUAAUGCGUAAUAGUAAUGAAAUUAUUGACGAUUAUAAGUGUAUGGUAUGUUUGAUCAGAUCAGUAAUAACACUAGAGAGAGCACAUGGUUUUAGUGGAACUGCAGAAUCAAUCAAAGGCAAACUUUUGGCUUUAGAAAAAAAGCUGCCCGAUAUUACGAUUAAUGAGGAAUUUGACAUUGAAUUACAAAAUUACUUAGAUACUUAUUGCAAAUAUGGCUUUAAAAAUAAUGUUGCUCGGAGGAGUAUCCUGAAACAGUGCAAAUUUGUUAAUGCACCAGAUAUUUUCGUUAUUCACUUAUCUAGAUCGACAUACAAUGGGAUGACAUUUACCAGAAAUGGAUGCAAAGUUCAUUUUGGUGAAACUUUGGAUGCAUUUGAAACAGUGGCAUGUUCCACAAGCUCGAAUGAAUUUACGAAAAGAGUAAGAUAUAGACUUAAAAGUAUUGUCAUACACACAGGAAGCCAUUACAGUGGCCACUAUCAGGUGUUGCGACGUAAGCCUAUUAUAAUGAAGAGCAAAGUGUCAGGGGACAUUGUUAAUACUGGCACCACAAUUGGUGAAAAGAAGCCAACUGUGAUGGAUAGUAAUUUCAGGCGUAUGAAGUCUACUACGAUAUAUCCUUUCUGGUUGAUCUCUGACACUAACGUAAAAGAGAAGCGCAUUUCUGAUAUUGUUAACGAACAGAAAUCAGUGUAUAUGUUGUUUUAUGAGAGAAUAUUGUAG